GGUGUCAAAUUUACCGGGCACGCGAUUCAUCAAUCCAUUUUCCAUGAAUACCACAGACAAAAUUGUUAGGCUGCGACACAAUUUGAAAUGUCACGUUCGAAUUCAUUUUAACAAGAAAUAUCCUGUAAAUAUUAAUGAUUUGUUAUUCUCCGUUCAGCGGGACUUGCACGCGGUUGCUUUUUUAAACCAAGGAAAUAUCCGUACCAUCUAUGAUGGAAAAGUAAUAGAUGUGUAUUCUGAAGCCGUACAAGGACAUGCAUUGGUAGAAAUAGGCCGAAAAUUUGUUCAGCCAGAACAAGAAGGUGAAGAAGAUAAAGACCUAAAGCCAAAGCUGGAGCUUCAGUAUCAAGGGUCGAUGUCAAAUAAAAUCGUUCACGUUAUGAUAAAGGGUUCUUUCUCUUAAUGCGAACUAACAUAUACGUGGGUACUUUUUAAGGAAAUAGGUAAACAUAGCUAUGAAAGAAAAAGAAAGAAGUAAAAAUACAUGCAGUGCAGUUGCUUUACUUUUCAAUUUAACAUAACCUACUUAAUAAGAAUUAACCAACAUUUAGAAUUUGACAGAA